UUGGCAUUCUGGGACACAAACAGUGGUCGGUAUGAAUAGCUCUAACAGCGACAGCAGCGGCAGCAGCGGCAGCAUCCACUGUGGAGGCAGAGCGACGAGAGAAACAACAACACCCCGCCAGCACGGAGGGAGUGAAGUGUUUUUUCACAUCCGACUCGUGUGUCACGUUUGUCGCUCCGGUGCCCGGGAGAAGCUGAGCUGAAGGCCCGCCACGGAGGUUUAGUGUCUGAAAUGCAACGUUGGACUUUAUCCACGCAGCGAGCUAGUUAAGCUAACGACGGGACUCCCUCCAUCCGUGGACUCAACCUUGUCCCGAGCUGAGUGAUGACAACUCUGAAUAUGGCGAGUGUUUCAGACCGCGACCACACAACUGGACACAUUCAGCCACUGGACUGGCAAGCUGCUCAGCGAGUGUACCCAAGAUAAACAUUGUGAAAUUUGACAAUUCAUGUAAUGGCCUAGGAUAUUGAUUCAUUUUAUCUCUACGUCGCACUGCUCCGUUGCUGUCAAGAGCAGCAGAGCAAUGGGUUACUCCUGCUGAAGCCAUCUUCUCUAAAAGUUUAGAAAUAAUUGUCUCUGUUGAAGCUCAACAAAUCGACAUGGGCUUGCACUGGAUGUAAGACUUUCUGCAAACCUCUUAACAUCAUAGCUGUCUCCAGGUCGGACAGGUCAUCUGAGCCCUGCUCUUGGUCCCCAGAGCCGAUUUGAGGGCCAACAUGUCAAUGUCAGGGGCCACGACCGUGCAGCUUUUCACUAAGCUUGUGAAGCAUGCAGUGGGCAAGACACAGAUUCAGCUGAACCGCUGGCUGCAGAGAACUGCCACGGAUGAGUGUGAUAAAAUUGACAUUCUAAUAUGCAGCGCCUUUGAUGAGAGAGGGGUUGGCGUGGGGAAGUCAGAUGGAGACCCCGAGGUCAUCAGCGACACAGGGGGGAUGACCUUCACCAGCAGUGGAGAUUUUAGACACCCGUGCUGUAUCACUACCUUUUGCUUCAAGAGCGCCCUGCUGGCAUGCAUCCUGACCGCUGUGUGCUUCUCCUCUGUUGCCCUGGUGCGACAGUACCUCAAGGACCUCUUGCUCUGGGUGGAAAGCUUGGACAGCUUCGUUGGAGCCAUGCUGUUUAUAGUUGGUUUGAUUAUUGUAUCGUUCCCAUGCGGAUGGGGAUAUAUUGUUCUUAAUGUGGCAGCGGGCUACCUCUACGGCUUUGUGCUGGGUAUGGGACUAGUUAUGGUGGGAGUUUUAAUAGGGACCUUUGUGGCACAUCUAGUGUGCAAACGACUCUUGACUGACUGGGUGUUGAACAAAGUUGGGAACAGUGAACAGCUCAGUGCUGUCAUACGAGUGGUGGAAGGCGGAAGUGGACUCAAAAUUGUGGCCUUAGCAAGACUCACCCCCAUACCUUUUGGGCUCCAAAAUGCAGUUUUCUCGAUCACAGAUGUGUCCUUGCCAAACUACCUGGUGGCCUCCUCUGUGGGUCUGUUGCCCACACAGCUUCUCAAUUCCUACCUGGGCACCACGCUUCGCACCAUGGAGGACGUCAUCGCGGAGCAAAGCGUCAGCGGCUACUUUGUGUUUAGCCUCCAGAUCGUCAUCAGCAUCGGCUUGAUGUUCUAUGUCGUUCAUCGGGCUCAGGUUGAGCUCAACGCAGCCAUCGCCGCCUGCCAGAUGGAGCUCAAGUCGUCACACAUGAACGGCUCCUCCACCAAUCACAGCGGCUUCACCUACUGCAGCAAGAGGGCGACGGCCGGCAGCGGGAACUGCAUCAACGUGGUGUGACCUCAAGACACAGCAUGUGGCGGUAGCUCCCACAACUCGGUCAGUGGACUGUGAGACUGCACAGGGAGUUUAGACGGUGUCCAAAUCCUGGUGGUGACAUAUAAUUUAAAUCAUGACAUCAUAUUCUGACUGCACAUGUGAAAAACCCCCUGAAAAUGUUCGCCUUCAGACGGUACGAUGUUUGAGCAGUGUGGGACCAUGCACCUUUGAGGAAACAAUGCUGAUGAAAGCGGUUUUGCGGUACAUCAUCUUGGGAGUUUUUUAUUUUUUAUUAAGGUACGUCUUAAUGUCUACUCUGUUAUAGGAGAUGCCAGUGAAAUUAUGGAGAUGUAUAGAGAUAUCUAAGGUGGCGUUGUGAGUGAGUCACUUGAUACUUAGCGAGGCAUUUACUGCCUGCUGUCAUUCUGAAUGUGCAAUCUGGAGCUUUCUAGAGAACCAAGGAAUUGAUUUUCCAUUUAGUGUCAAAAGAAUGCCAACCUAUGCACCUUUAUUCCAUACUCUACCUGUUUUUGUUUUAUUUCAGGGGAAUUUAGGGUUUUUGCUUGUCUGCAUCCAGUGCUCAUCCACAAUAUAACUACUAAGGGCAUUACUGAUUUGGCUUGUUGGUCCUGCUUAUUUUUUUAAGUGUCUUAUUUUUGGACUAUGGAGAAAGAGGAGAAGCUCCCAGUAAGCUCUUCCCUGACUGUGUCAUUUCUCCUGGCUUCCAGCUGAAUUGGCCUUGCCUGCCCAGAGAUCAUUUUAGUGCUUCUGCAGUUUUGAUAAGAGCAGCUGGAGUAGAGAGCAGGUUUCACAGCGGGAAACUCAGGAAUGUUUCUGCCAGGAAAGUUUAAAGUGCAGCGUGGUCAGCUGUUCUUCAGCAGAGCCACGUGUUCUGAUAGAGAACAUGCAGCUGAAAUUGAGAUGUCAAGCUUUUCCUGUAAAUGUUUAGUGUUAAUUUGAUUUGAUUUUCCAUUAGCUUUUAUGUUUACUUUUUUUAUUUUGGCUGUGAGAUUAUCCAUUAGGGAUUGGUACGUAGUUUUUGUUUAAAAUGGUAGUUUUGACAAUUCAGUGCAAUACAUGUAGGAACGCUGACGAAAUGGCAUGAAUGUCACAUUUGAGUGCUGAAACCAAACUAAUCCGAAAUGCUCUCAAGCAGAUGAAAUAAUACAAACCUAAGUCUGUGUUUUCUUUAGGUUUUCCUUGCAUUAUAGAUGAGUACUCUAGAUGAGAUAAAGAGGCUUGCAUUUUUUUCUGUGCCAUAAUUUGAUAAAGCUUCUCAGACGUUAAGACAUCGGCCCCUCCUGAGCUGAGGCUACGUGUGACUUAAUACUUAAUACUUUGUCGGUGAUGAUAGACAUUACCUGUGAACAGUUAUUGUGUUUAGCUCUUAAUACGACAACAACAAAGCUCUCCUGCUGUCGAUUCUUUUGCACAGUCCGCUACAACAGACAAGCAUUAUUUUCAUACAGUUAAACUAGGAAGGGGUGUGGUUGAAACAGGCCUGUCUCAGAAGCUGACAAUCAAACACAACAUGGACACUAAGUGAUGAAUGUGAUACUACUUUUUUUUUUUUUUCAUUUAUUGUGAUGCUGCUCCUCAGACAAAGUCUGGUCGAGAAAUAAUAAGGGCUCCUAUAUGAAAUAUCCAUCUUUGUGUCCCUGUAAUCGUUCACAAAAGCCUGUUUUGUGAUGCUGGCACAACUUUUUGUUUUUGUAGAAAUUUUUUUCUUUUGAAAGCCAGAAUCGAUGUUCGUCCAAACACAUUCCACGCUGUCAGUCCUCUGACAAGCUGUAGACUUAUUUUCAUGCUAAAUGUUGGUUUAAGGGCCCCUUCCUGUUUGAAUUUAGCAAUAAUGUUUGACAGUCAAAAGCAAAAAAAUAUGAUAGAAGUCCCACCAGUGAGGUCUUUAGCCAAGUGUUGGGAAUUGUUCAGUCCCAGUGUUAAAGAUCUGUUUGUAGACCUUUCAAAGUGAACAAAAAAAAACUGCAUUUGAGUCUUUAGUCAAUCCAUAUUUCACUGUACGAUUGAGUAUCAACAUUCCCAGGUUUGUGUUACAGUCUUCAACCUGCCUUUUACUUCCCGCUGCCUCUGACGGACGUUUCUGCGCUGCCUACGAUGUGGAAGACAUGUCCUGAGACACAUCAACGUCUGGGAUCAGAACAGCUUGUUCACUUUUGUAGCACUUUGUUUGGAGAGCCCCUAAAACCAUAGAUAGCUCAUAUGUUCACAUCUUUAGUAAACUGAAACACUUUUCCAGUUUCUUACUUGAAUCGAACGUUUACGAAGAGAAAGAUGAGUAUGUUUUAUGGCUGCUAGAAUUCUAAUUUUAAAAAAAAAUUACUCACAAUUCUCAUCUACUUACUUUAUAAAGACGUGGUGUUGUAAAUGACUCUCCAAAAACAAAGUGUGAUUCAAGAAGCUGUUCUGCUCAGAAGUGGACAAGAAGUGGACGUUGCACCGUGUUUAAUGCAAAAAUCCGAUGCAUGAAAUCCGAUCGGCCACCGUGGACACACUUCAUGAUGUUUUAGCCUCUCAACUGGAACUUGAGAUUGUGGAGAAAUUAGCAGUUUUACACUAAAGGCUUUGGUUCUUCCUAGGUGGGCUCUACUUAACUUAGAUAUAGUUAUGCAACAACUGAUUCCUAAGGGAAGUAUAUUUCAUAGACACCCACACAAGACCUGAAUCUGGGAUGUAACUGCACACCUGAACUGUUACAGAGAAGGGCAGUGUGAUAUUAUUAACUUAAAGGCUCAAGUUAAGGGUCACAUUCGGUGCUAUGAAAUGCAAUACUUCCCCAUCUGUAUUAAGUGCAUUACACAUAUACUGUAUUUUGUAAUACAGAGAAUUUUACAGUGUAUAAAUAUUAUUUAUCACUGUACGAUGCUUGUUCAGUGUUAUUUAUGAAAGAGAAAAUAAAACCUGUCUGAAUUUGUUACAA